AUGAAAAGCGUGGAAUUUACAUACACAUUCCCAAAAGAAAUAGCCAGGAGAUUUCAUCGGAUAUACCUACCAGAGGUGCAGCUGAUGAGUCUUGUUGUUGUUGCUACUAAGCUUCUGUUUCCAUUUGAUAACGUCAAAAGAUACCCACGGACAUUAAACGAUCCUUCCGUUCAAGUUAUAGAUUGGGAAAAAUGGGCUGAAGCUCAAAGUACAUUUGACCGUAGGGGAAUUUCACAAGGGCUCCUCACAAAUGGUGCUGCAAUGCAAGCUACCGAGAUGGAUGCAAUGGAAAUGACACAGCAACAGCUAGAUGAAUACAUGGAUUGGUAUGAUAGACUUUGGGUUGCUGAUAAAGAUAUCAAGGCUUCCAACCCUUUCGCAGAGAUGUUUCCAACCACGAGAACAGCAGCUGCCAAGAUGGGUAACCAAGCUAGGCAGACGGAUGAUGAAGCAGUAGCUGAAAAGUUGCAAGCUGUCCUAUCCAGCUUACGAGUUAGGAGGGUGGUUACUGAAGAAGAGGCUAACAGGCUUAUGAGGCCUAUCCCGAGACCGGGAUGCGAUUACUUGCGCUUCCGUUAUGAAUAUCAACUACCAGAUAUUGCAAGGUAUUUCUAUGACACCGCCGCGAAAACCAUUGGCGUGUCUUUGGAGACUCUGGUCCUUGCUGUGUAUCAGACAGAGGGCCGAAUUCACGUUCCAAAGGGGAAAGCCAGAGAUAGUAAAUAA